AUAAUAGUUCGUAGCGUACUCUUUGUUUACAAAUCAGCUGGUAGUUUUGUUUACAACGAAAUAUGUGGAUAAUAUGGACUUUAUACAAUUCUUAAAAAUUCGGAUUUUCUUAUUUUUUUCUAAAUGAUGUCAGUGUGCCAGUGACCAAAAACUGUAUUGGACAUUCAAUAAUUUUAAGGUUAUGUUGAUUUUUUGGCAGUGAAAAUAAAUACUGUUAAGAUGUUGUGUCUCAAAAAGAUGUACAGGGAUGAGCUCCUCCAACUCGCCCUCCUGUUAAGCAUUUUAAGAGUUAACAAUGAUUCCGUCUAUGACAAUAUCUAUGACAAUUUGGAUUUUGAUAAUGGUACAAGCUGGAGAAGUAUCAAUCCAUCAGUGUUAAGAUCACACUAUGUAAAUCCAAAAAGUCUAGACUCUGUUCUGUUAAACUAUCAAAGAGAUUUAUUUGCUGAUCUAAACUCUUUAGGGAGAUUUAACAGGGGUGGCUUCAGACAUCCAGAUGUUACUACGUAUUUGCUUAACAUCGAACGGACUGCUGCAGCUGGAGCUAGCAAUGACACAUUAGCUAUUCCAAUCGUGCCACAAAAUCAGUCAGAUAACAUUGUCACGGAAGAACCUACAGAUUCUUUGGACAUGGGCAUCAAUCUUACUCAGGAGGAUAUGGAUUUGAUUGAAGUAUUGUGGAAGCAAGAUGUGGAUCUUGGUUUCACCGUUGACAAUGUGGUACCGAAACAGGAAAAAGAAGAUAUUAAGCUCGAGCCAGACGACGCCACUACAUCCCUAUCGAAAGAUGACAAUUUAGAAAAAAUUAAAACUCUACAGUCCGUCAAUGAAGAUUCCAUCAAGCAAGAAAAAGAAGACGAUCCUUGGUCCGGAUUCGACUACACCAUUGAUACAGAAACCGGAGAGUAUGUGAUAAAAGAAGAAGCCAGUCCGCUUCCACGAGAGUCUUCAGAGCCAGUCAAUCUUAACCUUGAUGAUCUUACUCUCCCAUUGCCGGAAUUCUUUCUUGAUGAAGCUCUGCGUCUGAUCGACUUGGAAGAUGAAACGUCACAGGAAAAUAGAGUAAGCCUCAAGGAGCUGGAAAGUCUCUCCACUGAGGCCAGUAAUAAAUCUGUGCCGGUUGCAACGUCGACAGUUGCAGCUAACUCUGAUGAGCUCGCAUCUUCCCCAGAGGAAGCCCUUCCUAAAGACCCUGAAGACGAGUUCGGUUUCCUGUCAGACAUGAUCCAAACACCACAAUUUCACCACCCCCAUCACAGGGCUCCGUUCCAGAGCCGCAUGCCCUUCGUAAGAGCAGUGAGCAUGGAACAACGAUGGCAGGAUCUAACAAAUUUGCUAAGUCUUCCGAGUUCGGAUGGAGGCGGUAUUCAUCACCAUUUCAGUCAUCACCACCAUCCCUUGCACAACUACACUCACCAUCCCCAUCCUCAUAGCAUGAGCUACAGCCCCGAGGCCGCCCGAGGUGUGCUGCUCCACAACGCCACGUUGCCCACGCCCAUUGGUGACUUAAAUUCGUCUGUGCCAUAUAGUAAUUUAGGUGGUACGAACUUUGGGAGCGCCGUAGCAAGUUCUAUGAACCUCACGAAUAGCAGCGAACCAAUGGGAGAGUCUUCAAACACACCCCAUUACAAACUGGAACCUUCGCACGACAUGGUUUAUUAUCAGAAUGGUUCCUCUGAGAUUAAUCAAACUGAUGGUUUCCUUUCUUCGAUUCUUAACGACGAGGAUCUACAGCUAAUGGACAUGGCUAUGAAUGAAGGCAUGUACACCAUGCGUAUGCUGGACGGUAACAGCACCUUGAACAACGUUGCUACAAACAACACCACAAUUUCAAUGUCCCGUAACGAUAUGGAACGGAUGGAUACGUCGAGUGAUAGUGCUCUUAGUUCGAUGGGUUCGGAACGAGUACCCUCCAUUUCUGAUGGGGAAUGGGGAGACGCGGGAUCUGAUUCUGGCCACACGUCUACUGAGCCGUAUGUCACCGAUUAUGCAUCCAAAGUCCGCCCAUACGACUACAGCUACACUAGCAGACAGUUGAACAACGGCAUGGGCGGAUCUGACAACACGAGAGUCCCACCAGUGGCCCAAAAGAAACAUCAGAUGUACGGAAAGCGAUAUUUUCAAGAUCAUAGCUCAUCAAAUUCAUCACAACCACCUGUCACGCCUUUGAAAUAUGAAUACCAAGAACCUUCUACUACGUAUAACAUUGCCAAUCAGUCUGAAGGUGCAGUUGGACCCAAACUACCGGAAAUGAAGUACUCGUGCUCGAUGGAAUUCGGUCUUCAAAGUCACCUUGCAAGAAAUCAUGUAAAUCACAUACAACAUAAUCACACUUACCAUUUACCGGCUGAAAGUGCUGGUGCCAUGCAGAGACCAGUCCUAAGAGAUAAAUCUAAGCACCGAAAAUCAGAAGAUGAGUAUUUAACUAGAGACGAAAAACGUGCCAGAGCGUUGAACGUUCCCAUUACUGUUGACGAUAUCAUUAACCUACCAAUGGACGAAUUCAAUGAGCGCUUGUCUAAAUACGAUCUCAGUGAAGCUCAGUUAAGUCUGAUCAGGGACAUAAGGCGAAGAGGAAAGAAUAAAGUGGCUGCGCAGAACUGCAGAAAGAGAAAGCUAGACCAAAUAUUGAGUUUAGCGGACGAAGUCAAAGAAAUGAAGGACAGAAAAAUGCGACUCAUUGCAGAACACGAGUAUACCAGUACUGAAUGCAAACGCUACAGAGACAAAUAUCAACAACUAUACAGACAUGUUUUCCAGAAUUUGCGCGAUUCUGAGGGCAAUCAAUAUUCCCCUUACCAAUUUAGCCUCCAAACAUCCGCCGAUGGAUCUAUCAUCUUGGUUCCAAGAUCGAAUUCCACGGUUUCGAAUUCCGACUCAAAGGAUCCUCUCCAAAAUCGCAAGAAACCAUAAAACACUUGCUCAAAAUUUUAUUUACUAAUUGUUAACAGGGUUGUUUUUAUUUUUAUUUUAUUUUUAUUUUUAUGUUACAGGACAUUUCAACAAUAGUAAAGUUUCGAAAUUUUUCUUUGUAAUUCCAAAAAAUUAAACAUUCCUGCGAUCUGAACAGUACAAAAGUGUUUAACCAACAUGCAAUAUUUAUUCUAUACUUUAUUUCACGUUACGAACGGAACUAAUGGCUUAUGCUGAUCAGCGUUGCCAAAACUAUCAGGCACGUGUUGCUACUGACUGCUGAUAUACGAUUCAUUCUCGAUACGAUAGAAGCGGCAUCGGCGCGCAUCUAUUGUCCAUAAGAAAUACAUAGCCCUAUAUCUACUCAACGUUCCGUUCUUCACGUGAAACGCUCUAUAGUUAUUUUUGUCAAACAACUAUAACUGUUAUUACUGCAAAAUAUCAUAUUCAAUAAUGACAACGUUAAGACCUAUAUACUAUUAACAUCAAACAAAACUGAGAAAAAAUAUUGCUCGUCAUUUACACUUUCAGAAACAUGAUUUGCAACAUACAUUUUUCUUGCGAUUGAGUAAGAAAAGUAUUGAAAUUAUUAUUGUUUUAUCUUUCCACUUUUCAUCUAUCUUUCACUCCAUUCUUUCUUUUUCGCGUAUCUUUAAUAAAUUUGAAUCUUUAGUAUCGCCCUUAUUGUCAUUUAUCUUCUGUCAUGUCCAAAUUAUCCAUUAAUUAUGAAUAAUUCAUAUUAAUCCAUAUUAUAUUAAUUAUAUUAUCAUAUUAAUUCGUUGGCACAUGUGAUAAAGUUUAUAACUUAGAAACAUUGGUAUUCAGUUUUUUCUGAUUGAUUUUUUUCGGCCUAUUCAAGGCUAUGAUUACUGCUUUAAACGUAAAAAAUAAAUUAUGUAAUUAACAAUACCCCUUAAGAAUAGAAUACAAUAGAAUUUGUCUAAUGUGUAACAUUAAUUAAUAAAAAUUUUAAAAUUAUGUCAUUUGUAAUUAUAAAAAAAUAUAAACACAAUAAAAUAUGGCUAAAAUCAUAGAGACUUUUUAACUUAUGUAAUUUUACAUGUGUAGGAGUUUUAUACAUUAUUUCCAUAUAUAAAAAUAAAUUUACAAUUUAGAGUUUGAACCCAGUUUUAGGAAAAUAUACUUAUUCUUUUGCACCUGUGAAUUGUCUUAGUAUACUUCAUCAUCACCAUUAUGACAUUUCAAUCUUCCCAAUAUGUACUAUACAUAGAUUCAAUGAGGUGACUCUUGGCCCAUUCCACUGCAAACUUUUUAGAUCUAUUGUGGUCCUCUAGCCCUAAAUACAUUCUCUAGCCUGAUCCGUUUUAAAAGGUCUAAUUUGCCGCACAUUUUAAAAACCGCACAUUUGCCAUGCUAUCACUUCUCUUUCUUGUAGUGCCUAUCCGUUUUGGAUGUUGGUGACCAUCACGGCAAUCUGCACUUUGCACACUGCUGCUCAAAAGAUACUUUUGAGUUUUAUUUUAUUUACUUUAUUAUAUAAUAUAUAUAUUAUGGAUAUAUUAUUUUACUUUUUGAUUUUUGUUGUUCUUAUUGUGGUUACUGUCAUUGUAAACAUACUGGCAUGUAAAAUGUGCUCUGCUGUUUGUUCUUCUAGGUGACAGAAUCUGCAUAGGUCUUCAUCUGCCAAUCCCAUUAGCUCCAACUGCCUAUUCAGCUUACAGUGCCUGUUAGCAGACGUACUAUGGCUUUGACUGUGUUCCUGUCGUUGCAUAUUAGGUCUGCCGUACAUUUUAACGAAUAUUCUGUAAUAAACUGUUUCGCCUGUCUUUGUCCUGUUCAAUUCCUCCACCAUUCCAGAGAGUUAUUUCCCCUGUUUCACUGGAGCGAGUUAGUCGCUUUUCCUCCAGUGUGUCUUCCCCUCUUUGGAUCGGAAAGUUAACAUUUCCUUUCCGGAAAAGGGUGACAUUUGUAGUUUAUGGAGCUCCUCUCGAGAUUAAAAAUCCAUUGGAAACCCCUUUAUUUAAAGCUUUGCUACCCCAGACUGUCCACGAGAUGUGUUCUGAGCUCAUGGUUACUUAUCCUUAGUCUAUUAACGCUCCUUUUGGACUCGAGACGUUCCCCAUCUUCAUCCUGUACGAAGACAGUGCAUGAGUGCGACUUAAGUAUAUCUUCCCCCUUCAAAGUCCCGAGAGAUGCAUCUGCCAAGGCCUUAGGGUUGGUAUCACCUCUUUCAGCCACCUCCCAAUAGUAUUGUAUUAUACCAUUUUUCUUUUCAAUAAUUAUAUCCUAAUCUUUGUUGUUUCCUUCAUUGGUAAAUGAAAGUCAUUAUGAUCAAUUAAAUUUUAUGAAUAAUUUUUCGCCUUGACCAAUGUCUUUUCUUUCUUCAUUUUUUAUGAUAUCUACAUCUGUAUGAAUCUGAUACUUAUAGGAUUUAAAAGUUACAAAUUUGUCUUUUAAAAAAGUUCUACAUAAUUGUGUAAUUUUAUAAUUUAUUUCUCAGUUUUUUCGUAUAUAUUGUUUUAACACUGAGACACACACAGGUUUAUGCCAUUAUUGAUAUUUAAAACUUAUUAAGAAUACUUUAUAUUUAAUUAUACGUAUUGCUUUGCCACCUUCAAAGGCCAAUGAAGCCUAUGUGAAUAUACUUCUUAUAUUCUCUAGAUUUCAGAUAUAGGUACAUGGUCGAGUAUGUGAAUUGUAUUUAUCAUUGAUACGAGACCCGUUUGGCAGUAUUGAUUAUUUACCCCUUUUUUAUUCAGUUUAUAGUUUAUUAGAUUCGCAAAUAUUUUAUUAGUUCAAAAUUAGGAAAAAUCCUUUUUAAAAAGUAUAUUUAAUUUAAAAAAAUCCCUUAAAGGGCUACAUCACAGCACCUUUUCGAACUAAAGAGUUUAUCAUCGGUGCUGUUAACAGGUUUUUACAUAUGUACUUGAGCCAAAAAAUAUAGAGGGAAAACUCUUUAAAUAUUAAAAAAAAAUAAAAACCUUAUCUUGUAAAAGGUAUAUUUAAAAUCCCUAAAAAGGGCUGUAUCACAACAAAACGUUUUCGGAAUCAAUAUUCCAUCAUCAGUGUUAUCACAGGUUAACAUGCUUUAAGCCACCAAAAUGUACGAGUAAGAACUCUUAAAUUGAUUUUAAACAGUUGGGGUUACAUUAUGUUAUCCGAUUUUAAAGGAUGUUAAAAAUAUUUCCAGAUUAACCCCUGGCAUCACAUGACAUCAACCAUAUUGGUUGAAAAAUUGUAGGUAGAACCUUACAUGGCAGAGUUUAUCUCAUACCUCAAACUGUCACCUAGGUGCCAGUUGUCACCUAAACUCUGACAUGUAAGGUUCUAACUACAAUUUUCCAACCAAUAUGGUUGAUGUCAUGUGAUGCCAGGGGUUAAUCUGGAAAUAUUUUUAACAUCCUUUAAAAUCGGAUAACAUAAUGUAACCCCAACUGUUUAAAAUCAAUUUAAGGGUUCUUACCCGUACAUUUUGGUGGCUUAAAGCAUGUAAACCUGUGAUAACACUGAUGAUGGAAUAUUGAUUCCGAAAACGUUUUGUUGUGAUACAGCCCUUUUUAGGGAUUUUAAAUAUACCUUUUACAAGAUAAGGUUUUUAUUUUUUGUGAUUUAUGGGAUACAGCCAGUACAGGAAUUUUUCCUUGUGAUAUUUUUUCUUUAAAUAUUGUGCAGUUGUAGAAAAUUUAGAUGUUUAUAUAAAAUUAAUUGUGAUGUUUAAAAUAAUCCUAGAUUUUAUAUCAGGCAACACAGAACUGGCUCACAAUACGCGGGUUGCAAGUCUAGAGGGCAGAACCGCACAUUAUGGACUGUAAAGAGCAACUGACAGCACUGAUGAUGAACUCUAUUUCGAAAACGUUUUGUGAUGUAGCCCUUUAAGAGACUUUUUAAAUUAAAUAUACAUUUUAUAAAGGAUUUUAACUAAUUUUUUGUGAUUAAUGGUAUACAGCCGACUACAGUGGAUUUUAUUAGUUGUGUUAAAAGUUGAUAUUGCUCUAUAAUUACAGCAUUUUUCUUUAUCGCUCUUUUGGUUUCAUUAUUUCUAUUUUCAACUUAUCUGGUGUAACAAAGUUACUAGUUGUGAGCCACUAAUUGCCGUAAACAUAAGCUUUAAAAACAAAGUGGGAGAGCACACGAAGAAGACUUAUACCAGAUAAAUUAUUAGUUUGAUCUUCAGGCUCAACAUUUUUCGAUACGAUCUGGUUGCUAUUCUAUUUCUUUCGCUAAACUAUGUUUAUCUUGUCAUCAGCAAUAUAGUUAAUUUUUAGUGUACAACUAACUGUAGAACUUACUUUAAAUAAUUGUGGAAAUAUUUAACUUUUAUGGUUUUGUAAUAAGAAAUAAAAUUGUAAUCCACUUUAAAAAAAAUAAUCCGAUAUAUAUUUUUUAUAUGAUCAGGUGAUGAAUAUGCCUUGUCUUAACAUUUUAAUGUACAUAUUACUUAGGAUAGAAGUGAAAUAACUAAAUUUUGUCUGACUGGUGUUGGAAAAUAGCUUAUUAUUGUUAUUAUUUGGCCUGAUGAAUAUUGAUAUCAUGUAAUUUAAAAGAGUUCGUGGCUCCGCUUUCAUAAUUUUAACAGAUUUUAAAAAGUGUUAAAACAUGGUUUAAUUCGUUUACAUGCAUUAAUAAUACUAUAUGAGGGUCAUCCGUAAAAAAAAGUUACCUGUGCCGCUGAGAAAGUGUCAUACAUCAACUCUCCUUCUCUCUUACCUCACCAGUUUCGACUCACUGCUUUUCUCAGUGUCGACUUAGCAGUCUUCGAAGAUGGAGGUCCCGGUGGGUGUUACCUCCAAUGUGAAAUUCAUGCUGUGAUACGUUUUUUAAAUGCUGUUUUUUAAAUGGAUUUCACCUAUUGACAUUCAUCGUCAGUUUAUAUCUGUUCAACAUGUUCGCAAAUGGUGUAGAGAACUCAGUGAUGAAGGCCUUCACUGAAUUCUCUACAACAUUUGCGGAUAUGUUGAACAGAUAUGCAGUCAUACCCAUAAACUUUGAUUGACUGACGAUGAAUGCAAAUAGGUGAAAUCUAUUUUGCAUGUAAAAAAGGUAUUUGCAUGCAAGGGCGGAUCCAGGACAGAUUUUCGGGAGGGGCCAUGAACUUUUUUUUGAGAGGGGUACCGGAGGGUCUGGGGAAAAUUUUUAAAAAUGAGGGUUGUAAUAGUGAGUUUUAAGGCACUUUUCACAGACUUUUGAGUGCCAUAAAGACAUUCCAAACUUAUAGUUAUUAAAGUAUUAUUAAAGUCAGGACACAUUUCUUCGGAUCUAAGUUCUUUCAACAAGUUUAAUACUAUUUUUCCAGUGCUUCACCUGUCAGGCCUUGUUCUUCCCCUCUUUCUGAUUUUCACUAAUUAUUUUUAUGUUCUCAUAAGCGUCAAUGAACUUGACAAAGUCUUCACGAAUGUUGUUAUUGUGUAUGUAUCUCACAUUUAGAGAAAACUGUUCCACGUGGGAUCCGUCGGUCAUUUUGUCAAACAUGACAGUAAUAAUUUGCACUUUGAACCUGAUUCAUUAUUUGUUCAAUUAUUUCUUCACCACAACAUGUUAUAUGUUAUCAUUGAUUUUGACUGGUGCUACUAAUGUAUGUUGCUCGGGAAGAUGCGGUGGAUAGGUGUUGUUUGAAUCUUAUCUCCUGAUGCGAUUUUAAACCUUAACAAUUCCCCUCAUUGUUAGGUCUAGCAUCUUCGUCCAGAAGCAGAAGGCUAUCAUCACGAUAGCCUCUUAGAGGAGUAUUUUGUCGACUUAAGAACACUAUAGACUCUACUAUUAGUCGUAGUCUUUCUCUAUUUUCUUGUACCUAUUUCGACCUCUGAGAGUAUAUCUGUUUAAUGACUGACUUUUGCAGGUUGCGAUAACUUUAUAGAAAAUCCAGCCCAACCUGAACGCACUCCUUGUGGUAUGAUGUUUUUUCAUGGGUUUGUAUGGCUCCCUCUUUGACGAUGAGUUUGGCUAAACAUGUUAAAGGUUUCGUGACAAGACUUUGAGCUGUCAUCCCUUUAGUGUGACCAUGUUUUUCGUUAGAAAAAUAAAACGCAAUCUUGAUAAACAAUCUCUUUUGACUGUGUGAAAGUACCAAUAAACUCCUUUGUUCUAAGUGCUGAUGACCCAAGUAAUGCUUAAUUUCUUUUCUAUGUGUAUACAGAAUAUGGAAAUUGAUACGAUUUUGAUGGCUGCCAAGGUCGUUCUAAAAAUUGGCACUUUGUAAAAUUAUCAACAUUUUGAUUUGCAAAACAUCCUAUGUCAUUCUUGAAGCUUUCGUUACUGCUUUUGUUCAAUUCUAGUCCAGACAAUAUAUUUAUCUCCUAUUUUGUAUAUAUACAUGUGUUUGGAACUAAAAGCAUGUGAACUGCAAAUAUUUAAAUUUAUAUUUUUUAAAUUCUCGGAGGGGGCCAGUGGUGGGAUAAGAGAAAGGGAGAGUUGAUAUGUAAGGCAGUGUUGUCAGAUUUCUCCCAGCCCUUCGCACUCUUUCUCAGCGUCAUUGGGAACCUUUUUUUACGAAUGCCCCUAGUAUCUAAAGUUUGUUCGCUAACCAAAUUAUUUAACGGGGCUGGAACAGCUACGUAUUAUAUAAGUUUACUGUAGACGUGGCAAACUUUUCACUAACAGGAGAUUGCCUAGUCCAAUUACUACACUGAGAUGGCUCUGCGAAUAAACCUAUGGUUUUGAUACGUUCAACCGACAUGCUGGAAAUGAUCGACAUACAAGUUGACACGAAAGUUGUAUUUAUUUUAUGUAAAUGAAGUGAACAAUGUUUAUCGGGCUAAUUUUUAUAUAAUAGCUUAUCUAGUAGUCAGAUUUGGUAUUACUUAAGGAAGUAUGUGAUUUAUAGUUAUGAUUUCAGUUAUGUAUGAGUAGGUAGUAACAGUACUUUUAUCAUUUUUGGUAGAAAAUGUAACAAAAUUCUAAGAUCAAUUACAUUAAUCUAGGCUAAUAUUUUUUAUGAACAUUAUAGGUUUUGUACAUUGUAUAGUGUAAGUAGAAGAAUAAAAGUUCUAAAUGUA